AAAAGUGGCAGAAGUUUUCCCCUAUCCGUGAGCAAGAUUUCUCCAAUUUCCUUCGAAACUGAAAUAAUCAAGGCAACCAGAUAAAAAAAGUGUACGGCGAUUAGUAGAAAAACUAAUUGCUAUUUGAUCAAACAUUUUCACCGCUCAAUAUAAAUUCAGCAGGAUUCGACCACCCGGGAAAUUGUCGAUCAGCAACGUGUUUUGUGAAGUAAGACGUUCGUGCACGGUGUUUGUAACGAACCAAGAUGGAUAUCGAUCAAAAUAUUUCGUCCCCUUUUAAUUCAUCUAACGAGAAAUGCGACUCGGACUCUUUUCAUUUGGAUAACGAGGCUAAGCUUGGCCAAAGUUUGGCAUAUGCUGCUAUACUCGUUUUCAGCUUCGUUGGAAACUCUCUCAUCGCGAUAGUUUGUUACAGGGAGAAGAACUUGCGCACUACAGUAGACUUCUUUAUUCUCAACAUGGCGUGCUCCGACAUUCUGUUUGCCAUAACAGUCGUACCUCGCAGGAUAACAGAAACACUCUCCACCCCGUUUGAAUGGCAUAUCAAUGGAUUCCUUGGAGAAGUACUUUGCAGGAUGACACACAUCGUCCAAGACGUGUCCACUGCUGUUUCCAUUGAAAGUUUAGUCGUAAUAGCUUUUGAUAGAUUUCGAUCGAUCAUGUUCCCUUUGAGAACCAAUAUUGUCACGCCUUCGAUAAGGAAGAUCUUCAUUGUCCUUACUUGGGUUGUGGGGUUUGGAUUCCACGCACCUUACGUAUAUGCCUGGCGCCUAUCCUCUCAUAAAAAUAAGACGUUUUGUAUCUACAGCUGGGGACCGUUUUAUGAACAGGAUAAUGCUAGCAAGGAAUAUUUCCUUGUGUUGUCUUUUUUUUUAUUCAUUCUCCCUAUGGUAACGAUGAUUAUUCUAUAUUCUCUCGUCAUUUCUAAAUUACGACAGCGCAAAGUGCAGGUAAUUAAUCAUUCAAGCAUCCAGAAGAACUCUUGGAACAGGCGCACUAGGAAUGUUCUCAGAACUGUCAUUGCUGUUGUUGUUGUUUUCGCUUUGUCCUGGCUUCCAUUCAAUAUUUCCAUCUACCUGAUUCUCUUCUACUGGGAUCUUAACCCGUCAUGUGUUGCAAGAACCAUGGUUAGGUUCAUCGUCAUCUUCGCUCACGCGAAUAACGCCAUCAACCCGUACGUCAUCUUUGGUUUUAGCACAAAUUAUCGAAGUGGAUUGAAGGCCUUAUUUUGCUCUUUGAAGAUGAGAACUCGAGUAAAACGAACAAAGGCAGUUGCCAUGUUCGAUUUGAACAAAAUAUCGGAAAUUAAUCUGGGCCGCCCGGAUGGAAAUCCACCUGAAACUAACCUCCAUUAUGAGUACAUGGAUAAGCUUUAAGCCGGACCGUUUUCGAAAUCAUUCUUGUUUUAAAUUUAAUCAGCAUAAAAUUAAAUCUAUACACAAAUUUUUGUUAAACUGAGGAUAAUGGUACGAGCGAAUGCUAUCCGUAGCCUUACUUUCAAAGUUGAUUGUACAGCGCUACAAGAUGUACCAUCCGGACACUUAUUUUUGCAGUAAAUAAGAGGUCAAUAUUCACAGAACUAAUGAAAAACAAUCAGGAGUUAAAAUUCUCAUUUUGAUUUUCGCUGGCAUCAUUGCUCUCUCUCUCUCUCUCUCUCGACAUCGUGCAUUCUGCGCGAUGUCGAUUUCGAUAGUCUUUUAAGUCCUU